UUAUAUUAACCAGUUAUUUUAAAGUAAUCGAUAGGUUUGGUUCCACCAUUUUGUCGCUUUGUUGCGUUGCGUGUGGUAUUCGAAAAUUCUGUGAUCAAAAACCGACUAAUUACACAUAGAAAAUGGAGAUGUCCUUGAAUCCCGUGCGCGUGCUCAAGAAUGAGGCGCAGGAGGAGAAGGCCGAAAUGGCCCGCCUGUCCUCGUUCAUUGGCGCAAUCGCCAUUGGGGAUCUGGUGAAAAGUACCCUCGGCCCCAAGGGCAUGGACAAGAUCCUGGUAGCCACCGGACGCAAUGCCGGUCAGGUGGAGGUAACUAACGAUGGUGCCACCAUUCUGCGUGCUGUUGGUGUCGACAAUCCGGCUGCCAAAAUCCUGGUUGAUAUGUCGCGUGUCCAGGAUGAGGAAGUGGGCGAUGGUACCACCUCAGUCACCGUUCUGGCCUCUGAACUGCUUCGUGAGGCUGAGAAGCUGGUCGAACAGAAACUGCAUCCACAGAUCAUCGUCUCUGGCUGGCGUCAGGCCACCCAGGUGGCUCUGGAGGCGCUCACCGCCGCCGCCCAGGACAACUCGGCCAGCGACGAGAAGUUCCGCAACGAUCUUCUGAACAUUGCCCGCACCACCCUCUCUUCGAAGAUCCUGCAUCAGCACAAGGACUUCUUCGCCAAUCUGGCGGUGGAUGCCGUGUUGCGUCUGAAGGGCUCUGGCGAGCUCAGGUCCAUACAGAUCAUCAAGAAGUCUGGCGGCACACUGGGAGAUUCCUUCCUGGACGAGGGCUUCCUGCUGGACAAGAAGCCCGGAGUGCACCAGCCACAGCGAAUUGAGAAUGCCAAAAUUCUGAUUGCCAACACCCCCAUGGACACCGACAAGAUCAAGGUGUUUGGCAGCAGCAUCAAGGUUGAUUCGCUCGCCAAGAUCGCCGACUUGGAGAUGGCCGAGAAGGAGAAGAUGAAGGAAAAGGUCGACAAGAUCCUCAAGCACGAGUGUAAUGUGUUCAUCAACCGACAGUUGAUCUACAACUACCCGGAGCAGCUGUUCGCCGAUGCCCAAGUGAUGUCCAUCGAGCAUGCCGAUUUCGAUGGUAUCGAGCGUCUGGCCUACUGCACCGGCGGCGAGAUUGUCUCUACCUUCGAAAAUCCCUCACUGGUGAAACUGGGCGAAUGUGAUGUCAUCGAGCAGGUUAUGAUUGGCGAGGACACGCUUUUGCGUUUCAGCGGUGUGAAGCUAGGCGAGGCUUGUACCAUUGUGAUCCGUGGCGCCACCCAGCAGAUCCUGGACGAGGCUGACCGCUCCUUGCACGACGCCCUGUGCGUGCUGGCGGCUACUGUUAAGGAAUCGCGCAUCAUCUUUGGUGGCGGCUGCUCCGAGGCGCUGAUGGCCACCGCCGUUUUGAAGAAGGCGGCCGAGACACCCGGCAAGGAAGCCAUCGCCAUUGAGGCCUUUGCCCGUGCCCUGCUGUCUCUGCCUACGGCCAUUGCCGACAAUGCUGGUUACGAUUCCGCUCAGCUAAUCUCAGAGCUGCGUGCCGCCCACGCUCAAGGCAAGCAAACUCUGGGUCUGGAUAUGGAGCUGGGCAAGGUGGCCGAUGUCCGUGAACUAGGCAUCACCGAGUCCUUUGCCGUGAAACGCCAGGUCCUGAUGUCCGCCUCCGAGGCUGCCGAAAUGAUCCUGCGUGUGGACAAUAUCAUUCGGUGCGCUCCACGCCGACGUGUUCCCGACAGGGGCUACUGCUAGGCGCUUAAGUAUUCUUGUUCUAGGAUCCUAUUUUUUUUAAUUACGAACUCUCGUUUAACAUCAUCGCUAAUCUAUACGUUUUGUUUACACAAAUAACCCACACACCACACAUUAGCAUAUAUAUUACACAUCCACACCAAAAAUCGCACACCUUCUCGCUUAAAUUGUCCCUUUCGUGUAAUUCUUCUACUUAAUUGUGAAACAAAUUAAUAUGUUGCAAGCCGAGCUUUUGAUUCGAUGAGUGGAUAUGAGUGCGAUCAAACCAAAACAUUUCAAAAAUGUCUAAAACUCCAUCAAACCAACAAAUAAACAAACUUGUAAAUGAAUACAAUUUUUGUAAACAUUUGAUGUGUGCAAAUUGAAGACCAUUAAACAGCAAAGAAAAAAAAAACGGAAUAAAUGAUAUAUAUUUAUGCUUAACAAAACUAAA